ACUCUCUUUCUAUCAACCCAAUUGAGGAAACAUCAAAACAAACGGCUGGAUUAGGACCAGCUCUUACGUUACGGACUGCGUUGGACAAAGUUGAUUGCCAUUAAUUUUAUUGAAUUUCAUAUAGUUGGAAUCACUAAAAAAUACUUUCUUAACAGUGUUGGCAUAAAUGGAUUACGAAAAAUCUUGUUUUCAUGCUUCUAAAGGUUAUUACAGAUUUCUUGUGCUGUUUUUUAAUUGCAUGCUUACAUUUGGGUCCUAUUUCUGCUUUGAUAUGCCAAGUGUGUUACAAGACAGCUUUACAGGGACGUAUGGCAGAAAUUGCACAUUAAACACAAAUAACAUAACUGUAUGCAAAGAACAUCUUGGUUUGUCAGACACAGAGUAUAAUCUACUUUACACAGUUUAUGCUUGGAUGAAUGCUGUUGUUGUGAUUGGGGCUGGUGUUUUAAUUGAUAAAUUUGGUCAAAGAGUUGGUGCAUUGUUUUUUUCAACACUUUGUGUAAUUGGUUCAAUGACCUUUGCAGCUGGAUAUUUUUUCAAAGGAAAAAAAGCUAUGUUUGUGUUGUUUCUCCUUGGUAGACUCAUUUUUGGUGCUGGAAAUGGAUCCUUAACAAUUGCUCAGAGCAAAAUAUCAGCAUUUUGGUUUGAAGGUAAAGAGUUAGCUUUUGCUUUUGGUUGCACAUUAUCAUUUUCCAGGCUGGGUAGUGUUUUUAAUUUUCUGUUCACUGAAUCUUUUGCAGCAAAUCAGGGUUUAAAAUGGACAUUAUGGGGAGGUUCUUUUUUGUGUGUGUUUGGAUGGUUCAGUGCCAUAAUAAUAUUUAUACUUGACAGAAGUGGACAGAGACAGCUAAAUCAGGAACGACCUACAAAGGUUACAGCCAGAAAAAUGCGACUUGGUGACAUACGCAACUUAAACAUUCAGUUUUGGCUUCUUGCUGUUACAACUAUGUUCUUUUACAACACUGUAUUUCCAUUUAUAGCUGAUGCAAGUAAGUUCAUUCAUGAGAAAUAUGGGUACAUAGAUCAGAGGUCAGCAAUUAUAGCUGGUUCAGUUUAUGACAUCUCAUUAAUCCUUACACCUUUGCUAGGAAUAACAGUGGAUUACAUUGGUUACCGUGGCAUAAUGGCAUCUGCAUGUGCAGUGUUUACUAUACCUGUUUUUUCUAUACUUGCAUUUACUGAUUGGUAUCCGUUGAUUGGAACUCUGUUGCUUGGUGCAACAUACUCAGCUGCUGCGACUAGCUUGUGGCCCUCAGUUCCAUUAGUUGUCAACCCUAUUUUUCUUGGUACAGCAAUGGGUCUGAUGACUUCAAUGCAAAUGAUUGGAAUCGGUUCUUGUAAUUUAGUGGUUGGAAGCAUUCUUGAUAGCUAUAAAAAAAAUAUCCACAAGUGGAAAUUUGUUAUGCUAUUUUUAUUUGCAAAUGCUUUAGCAUGUGUCUUGUUGUCUGUUAUUUUAAACAUUAUUGAUUUCAGAUGGAAUGGUGUUUUGAAUAAGACAUCAAAACGCAAGCAAACAAAAAAAGCAUACUUAUCAAAUGAUAAAGAAAGCCUUAUAGUAAAUGAACCACAUGAUGGGGCAUUAGAUGUUGAUGCUAAAAGCAAAAAGAGUUGCUCUGCUUAAGAAACGUUGAAAUUCUACAAUGUUAGAUCGAACUUUUUCUUGAUUUUACUUCUACGCACAAUUAUAAAAAAUUUUAAUAUAAAAGAGUUUUUAUAUAUUUG